UUUAAAAUUUAAGCUACAUAGGAAGCGUCUGCACCUGCGGCUAAGCCGGUUUCGGUAUCUCGGCUUCUCACACAAGCACUGGAGCAGAGGGCCGCAUCUCGCAGUGCCUCGCCAAAGCAGGGGGUGUACGAGCUAUCGAGUAGCGGAGGAGGCGCAAGUUACGUGGCAGAGCCGAGCUCUCCGCGGAGGGUGUGUCUUUCGUCACAGCAACGACCCCGUCCAGCAACAAGCGGAACCUAAGAGCUUCUCAACAUCUGUCCACAUCCACACUGCCUGGUGCGGGAGAGCAAGAAAGGAUAAUUUUCAGAAAGCUUUGUCUGACAAGAAUUGUGUCAACAUGUCUACUCUUCAGCAACUGGUGGCAGAGAAAAAGGAGGUGGUGGAGACAGUAAUGGAUAUAUUUGAACAGGGUGCUGAAAUUGUUGCUAGUGUGGUAGGAGAGAUUUUUCCUAUCUUCCAGAUAGCUGCACCCAUUGUGAAACUUGCUUUAGAUAAUGUAGAAAGCAAAGAGGCAGAAUUCAUGAAGGAACAGUUCCAGAAAGUCCGGGAUAAGCUUGACGUUAUUUCUGAAGAGAUCACCAGCAUCAACAAUGAAAUAAAGAAGAGCGCCAUGGAUAGUGAAUACUUUUCAAUUGAGGAAAAUCUGAUUAACCAGUUUAGAAAAUUCAUGGACUUCUUAAAUGCUAAGCCAAAGUAUAGAGAGACCAAGAAAAAGCUGUUUUUGGAUCACUUCAACAGGUCUGGUGGUGAAAAGAACCUGAACAUCCUGUAUGAUGCAGUGACUGGAAACAGAGCCUUUGGUGAACCCAUUCUAGAGAUUGCUCUGAAUUAUGAAGAGAAAAAUCGUCGUGUCAUGGAGGAUUUCUGCGACCGCCUGAAAAAGCUGUUCUGCAUUGGACUGAUUGUCUUGAUGGGUCAUGCUGCUUUGGAGAAUGAAGAUGAAGAAGAAUUAGCAAAGCAAUGGUCAGAAAAGAUGAAAGAUGUUGAGGUCAGAAUGAAAAUAGUUAUUGAUGACUGUAUUGGAAGCUUUGCAGAACAAGCAAAAAUUGACAUACACAGGCUGUUGAGAGAUAAAAAUGACAAAAACAAUAACCAGCUGGCAGAAAUUAUACUGGAGUUUCUAAAGAAGAAAUAUAACUGGGUAAUGUGGUCUGUGCGUGUAUUCAGUGAGCCAACUGGCAUCUUUAGUAUGUUUAGUAGGAAGGAAUAUCACUGCCUGACAGGUAAAAGUCGGUUUGACGUACCCAAAAUUAAUGAUACUGUAAAUAUUUCAGUUUCUUACAGUUCAUCUCCAGAGCCCCUCAACAAAACUCAGAUAAAUCAGUUAAUGGAAAACCAGAAGAAAAAUGACGUGAAAGCUAUAUCUGAAGAGAUUUUCUAUAACAUUCCUGCUUGUGUAGUGCAUACAAUACAAAACAAUAAAGAAGUAGCUGUAGCGUGUAGUUUCCCUGAGGAAUUACAUUUUUGGCAACAAUAUAAAAAUGUUGUUCUUUGUGUUCAUCCAUCAUAGUUUCUUUGAAUAAAGCCUGAAUGCUAUAGUACAGGGUGGCCCAUAGUUACGUAUAUGAUGUUUCACAGGCUGUAUCAUUUAAGCUACCAGAAAAAAUUACCUGCAGUUGCUUACCGGUACUGUGUAUCCUUUAUUGUCUGCACGACCGGAAAUUGAUGAUCUGUGGUGGCAGCAAGAUGGGGCACUGCCAACACUACGCCGUACCAGUACGACAGUGGUUGAACGAAACAUUCCCGCAAUGCUGGAUCUGCCGAUGCGGACCUGUGGAAUGGCCGGCUUGGUCUCCUGAUUUGACCCUACCAGACUUUUUCCUGUGGGGUUAUCUAAAAGACAAGAUGUAUCAACAUUGCACCACAAUGUUGGCUGAGUUACAUGCAGCUAUCACAGAAGAAUUUCAGAGGAUACCAGUACAGAUGUGCCAAGUCUUCAGACGUGUUUCGAUCUGGAUGGCGCAUUGGUGGGCCACGCCAUGGAGAACAGGGGAUGAAAAAACAUUUAAGGUUCUUAAUGUUCAUAUGUUCCAUUAUGGAAGAAGAUGAUCCGCUGAGGCAACCCCUCAUAGGAGCAGCUGAAAGAAGAAGAAUGUUCAUAUGUCCCAUUAUGUUAUUUGAUAAUAACAUUGGUAGUUUCCUGACAAUAACGCCUUUUCAAUCAUAUACAUAAAUAUGGGCCAUCCUGUAUAUUACAAUAUAUUAUAAAAAUACUGCAUUAAAAAAAAAUCUCCUCUGCAGUAGAACUAUGAUAAAAGCAAAAUGUAAUAAUUGAAGAAGAUACUGUAAUAUAUGUUUAAUUCUCUAUGUAUAAAAUGUACAUGAAAAUCACAUAAAAAGUAAAUAUCACAAAAUGCAGUGGUGAAAACAUUACUCACAAAAAGAACUGACUUUGAUUAGCUUGAUUAUCUAAAAAAAUAAUAAUGUAACUUCUUAUUUUAUAUUAAGAAGUACUUGUUAAGACAGGGAUGAGUAGUCCUGGUCCAGGAAAUCCUAAGUGACUUCAGGGUGUUGUUCAAACUAAUUUCUUAAUUUAAAGUCAAUAUUAUUAUUACUUGAACUCCUUAUUUAAUCAGACUUCUAUGCUGUCUCAGAAGUUUAUCAUAAAAUGACUUUCACUGCCGUAAAAAUCCACAAAGACACUUUCCACUGCCAUUUCUUUGAUUCAUUUUAAUUUAUCUUUUUAAUUCUUUGUUUCAUUUUAUUAUUGAGAAGGUGAUCUACCAUGAGUAUCAAAUUACAACAUACUGUAGACAGCAGCUAAUCAGCCACAUUAGCGCCCUUUUUACUUCAGUGUGUUCGUGAUUGCCUACAAUAUUUUUGACAAAAAUAAGAAAAGUUAUGGCAUGUGGGAAUUCUGUUUCCCUUCAGUCUAUUUUGUCGAUUUGCCUAAAAAAGUAAAAAUGUGGAAUGAAUUUCUGGCACAGGAGUCAUAACAGGUACAAGGAGUAUAGUAUCAAAUGAAAUGGCUUAUUCCAAAAUAAUUAGUGUAUAAUUAUGAUUUUAGUUGGAGCAAAAAUAUUUGAAGACCUGGACUGGCCACCCCUAUUUAAGAUAAGGGCCAUUUCAAACAACCUAAAUUAGCACAAUCAGUGUAUUGAACUACUGACAUGCAUCACAUACAAAAUAUGUCACAUCCACAUGCAAAAUAUGUUAAUUUAUGCCAUUUUUAUACUAGAACUAGGAACAAGGUUAAGUACACAUUUUAUGAUGCUGUGGUGACAUUGCAGCUUCUGAUUUGUCAUACAGAACACUGACUUUUGUUGGUUGAAAGGCUUUUGCUUUGUACAAUAUGCACUGGACCAGUGACAAAGUGAAAGCGCUUACGAAAGUUUGGCUUAAUGUUUGGUUAGCAUUGCAUUAGGCAGGCAGUGUGGUGUAGUUGUUAAGGCUUUGGCCUUCAAACCAUGAGGUUAUGAGUUCAAAUUCCACUACUGACACUGUGUGACCAUGACCAAGUCAUUUGACCCGCCUGUGGAAAACCAAACGAAAUGGAACCAGUUGUACCUUGAAUGUUGUAAGUCACCAAGUAUGAAGGCAUCAGCCAACUAAGUAAAUGUGUACAUGCCUGGCAUAUCAUACAUAUGGUGAGGCACAGAAAUAUCUGUUGCUUAAUCCUUGUUAUAACCAAGAACAGACCAUUAGUCUGGUUCUGAUGAUUCCUGGUGUUAGUGAAAAAGCAGAAGGUUCUUUAAGCCAAAGAGAUGACUCAAAUUUAAGCUGAUGUCUCUAUUUCAGCUCAUUCACUCUCCUUGUCGAAUUGAAUGUUGUAAAGAAGUUAGAUUUUUCCACUUCUAGAAGUUUGGCCCAAUGUGAAAUAAGAAAUGUAAUAAAUAACCUAAGUCAGGCUGGUUUGAAUUAUAGCUUUUACUCAAUAUUCUCAUUCCAUACCAUUGAUACAUUUUAUCUAGGUUCUACUGUACAUUAACAUGACUUGUGCCAUAGGAGAUUAGGAUGAAAUAUUGCCGUUUCUUCAUGUAAAUUUUCUUCAGUUUUCGUUGUUUUCAGCUGCAACAGAAUAAGCUUUAAUGUUUAUCAGCUUGCUGUCAAUUUGGGACAAAAUUAUUGCACUGUAUUUUUAUCUACUGUGUAUGCACCUCUGUUGCCUCUUUUAUUUACUGUAAAUGACCUUAAAGAAACAAAUAAGAGCAGUAAUGUUUGUGACUUGCUUCUAAUAUAAUUGUAUCUUUUAGAUAAAAUAGCUAUACAUGAAAUGUUUAUAAUAAAUGAUAAUGAUUUCUAUA